AGACAGGCCGACAUUUGGUCUCAGUAGCCAUGCCCAAAGUCUCAAAGGACGUGGUGUACCCCCUGGGGGCAGAGGAGUCCAGCAUGACGCGGGCUGCAGUCCGCAGCAUGGGGGCAUUUAGCCUGGGCUUGUCCUUGGCCACAGCCUAUGGUCUCCUAGAGCUGCUGGUAGAAGGACAUAGCCCCUGGGGCUGCCUGGUGGGCACCCUCACUCUGGCCACCUUCCUCAGCCUGGGCAUGGGAUUCUCCCGCCAGGUCCGGGUCACUGUCUUCCUGUUGCUGCCUCAGGCAUUCUCCAAGCACGGCCGGACACUGCUGUUGGUAGCUGCCUUUGGGUUGGUGCUGCAAGGACCUUGUGCCAACAUGCUGCGCAACUUCACACAGGCCAGCGAGGCUGUGGCCUGUGGGGCCGAACUGGCCUUGAACCAGACUGCUGAAGUGCUGGAGCGGGCCAAGCAGCCUCUUGUCAGUGCUCUGAGCAAGAUUAAAGCCAUUGCCCAGAAGACCAAAGCGGUGGCUGACCGGGUACGCAAGUUCUUUCGGUCAAUCAUGGAUGGUGUGAAGCAUAUAGCCAGGGCCCUGAGGAACGUGUGGUAUUGGCUCCUGCAUAUUGGUGAUGUGUGCAACUCAGAGCUAGGCAACCCGUACGUGAAGUGUGCACACGUCUUCGAAAAUGCCAAGGACAACUGCAUGAUGCUUAUACCACGUGCCCACCACCUGUGCUAUGUGUUCAUGCCCUUCAAGCUAGUGCUCUGUGGACUCGCCAGUGUGGUUCAGGUGUUCUGUGUCAUCCCCAAGUACAUCCAACCCUUCUUACGCAAGACCCUGGGCACCCCUGUGAUGAAUUUAAUUAACCGAGUGCGACAGGAGUUUGAGUUCAACGUGACAGUUGCCCACCACUUCUCUGUGGAUCUCAACGCCUCCCGGAGCUUGUCCCAGGUGGCUCUGGACCUCAAGGAAGCUGUCACCCUGAAGCUGUACCACGUCCGAGAGGCCCUGGCUCUGAUGGGCUACACCACACCUCUGCUGCUCACGAUUCUCUACCUUCAAGCUCUGCUCUACCGGUACUGUUACCUGAACUGGAUCAGUUACGACAACGUCUACAUCACCAGCCGAUUCCUGCACAUGGAGGCUGUCCGCUCCAGGGCAGGACUGCCCACGGUGCUGCCACUCAGUGCCCACGAGGCCAGGCACUACAUCCAGCCUGGUUCCAUCUUCUUGUCCCGGUGGGAGCAGAUAUUUUAUGUCUUGGCAAUCUUCAACCUUGUCCGACACCUCCUCCUCGUGCUGCUCCUGGUCUUCCUGGAUUAUGCCGUCUUCUGGGUGCUGGACUUGGCACGGCACCAGUUGCAGGGGGAGAUUGUGGCCCGCAGCCCCGUGUUAGUAUCCAUAACCGUGGAAGGCACCGGCUAUACUGGGAAUGUUUACCGUGAUCUGGUGUCGGCGUUCGACGUCCUGCAGCAGAGCAAUAUCAGUAUCUUGUCCCAGCACUGCCUCCUGCGCCCCUCUGAGCCCAAUAGCACCGGUUAUGUCGUCAUUGGCAUCAUGUACGGCCUCUGCUUCUUCGUCACGCUCUUUGGCAGCUAUGUCAGUAGGCUGCGGCGGGUCAUCUGUGCCUCCUACUACCCAUCCCAGGAGCAGGAGAGGAUCUCCUACCUCUACAAUUUACUUCUGAGCCGCCGGAGCAGUCCGCUGGCUGCUCUGCACCGAACCGUGAGGCGGCGGGCAGCUGACCAGGGCCACACAAGUGUCCUCCAGGAGCUGGCCACACGGUUCUCCUGCCUGAAUCCGGUUGUCAGCCACUUUUGGCAGCACCAGGACUACUGCCUGGGCUGCGGGCAACCCCACGCCCAGGAGGACACAGAGAACUUUGUGUCCUGCAGUACUCCAGGCUGCCAAGGUCUCUUCUGCCUCACCUGCUUCCGUCUCCUGCACAACACCUGCUCGGUGUGUGCAGCUCCCCUCUCCCACCAGGGAGACCUGGACCUGGAGCUGGACUCCAGUGACGAGGAAGGCCCCCGGCUAUGGCUGGCAGCCGCCCGAAGAAAGGACCGGGAGCAGGAGCAGUUACUGCGCAGGCGGCUGCAGGAGGCCCUGGGCAGGACCCUCUCUUCUGAACCUAGCCCCAAGUCGGAGGGCAUUGAGAGGAGCUUGGCAGUCAAGGGGCAGAGAGCUGGCUGA